UUGAAUCUGGAACCGUUGAUCAGUUUUAGCUAGCUAGCUAGCGAGAUGCUAGCGCUUAUGAGGAGUCAGUAGCCAGUCGUGUCCCCCGCCCCCUUCCCGGACUACGGUGCGGGUUUUUAAGCACUUAACUUUAUUUAUUAAAUUCUAAUAUAUAUAUUUUAAUCCGGGUCAGACGCACGCUUUUUAAACAAAAAACAAGCAGCCUGCAGACCAGCUGAAUGGAUCCGAGGGUCGCCUGGAUUCAGCCCGAACAGAAGGGACCUGCGACCGCCUUGUGGAUGCAAGCAUGGGAGAACUCCUCCCAGGACGCCCGAGUGCUCUCCAGCCGCCACCUCCCGCACCACCACCUCCACCUGCACCACCAUUACCAUAACUAUCACCACCAACGCCUGUGCGUCAACUCUCCUGCGCUGGACUCCGGUUCCGCCGGCCAUCCCACGGCCGCCUCGCCCCACGCCGCCAAGGCGUGCUCCGGGCCGGGCAGAAGGCUGCCCAAGGCUGGUUCCGUGUCGUCCUCGUCCUCGGCGGAGUCCGGCGCGGAGAGUCCGUCUUCGGAGCGUAGCGGCAGCGGCACCCUGGGUGACCCGUUCGCCGGGGACUCGUGCGCUCUCCGCCGCCCGCACCCGGCCGCCAACGUGAAUCAUCGCCGAUACCAACACCAUCCGGGCCGGAGGAAAAGCGACAACCGGGCCAGCACCUACGGCAUCAACUACCUGCUGUCCUCCUGGAGCGACGGCAGCUGUGUGGGCUCCGGCACCCCCUGGAAGAGGAGGCGAUACAGCCCGGGGGUCAACGGACUUCAUGAGGAGAUUGUGGACUUCUACCACUUCAUGUCCCCACGCCCAGAAGAGGCAGCCAUGCGCAAAGAGGUGGUCGGCAGGAUCGAGGCGGUCAUUAAGGAGCUGUGGCCCACUGCAGAUGUCCAGAUAUUUGGGAGCUUCAGUACGGGUCUUUAUCUUCCGACAAGUGACAUCGACCUGGUGGUCUUUGGGACCUGGGAGCGCCCCCCUUUGCAACAGCUGGAGCAGGCCCUGAGGCGGCGGAAUGUAGCCGUGCCCUAUUCCAUUAAAGUGCUCGACAAAGCAACGGUGCCAAUAAUUAAACUGACGGAUCAAGAGACCGAGGUCAAAGUGGACAUCAGCUUUAACGUGGAGACGGGUGUCAAAGCCGCCUGGUUUAUUAAGGACUAUGUGAAGAGGUACACAGUGCUGCCUUACUUGAUAUUCGUGCUGAAGCAGUUUCUUCUCCAGCGGGACCUCAAUGAGGUUUUCACUGGCGGCAUCAGUUCCUACAGCCUCAUUCUAAUGGUCAUCAGCUUUCUGCAGCUACACCCACGGAUCGAUGCCCGGAACCCCAACGUGAACCUGGGCAUCCUCCUCAUCGAGUUCUUCGAACUCUACGGGAGGCACUUCAACUACCUGCGGACGGGUAUCCGCAUCCGCAACGGCGGGGCGUACAUCGCCAAGGAGGAGAUCAUGAGGUCCAUGAUUGGCGGCUACAGGCCCUCCAUGCUGUGCAUUGAGGAUCCUCUCCUACCAGGAAAUGACGUGGGCAGGAGCUCCUAUGGUGCCAUGCAGGUGAAGCAGGUCUUUGACUACGCCUACAUUGUGCUGGGCCAUGCCGUGUCACCCCUCGCCCGCUCGUAUCCCAACAGGGACAGCGACAGCACUUUGGGUCGCAUCAUCAAGGUGACCCAGGAGGUGAUGGACUACAGAGACUGGAUCUCCAUGAAGUGGGGCAGUGAGCGCUCAGCCCGGGUAGACGGCACUGCCGGCUCUGCUGAGAAGGACCCCUGUGACCAGGCAGGCAUCUCCGCGGACGAACCUCAGCGAGACUCCGCCUCCCCACAGAGCGCAGACUCCCCCAUGUCACUGUCCAGCCCCCAGCAGCACUCCUCUGCAUCUUCGGUCUCCUCCCUCUCAGGAAGUGACAUCGACUCGGACUCCACGCCCAACAUGGGCCCCGCCCUCCCCGCCUCCUGUUUCCAAGCUCUGACAUUGGCCUCCAUGCCCCCAACGCUACAUAUGACCAAUGGGAAGGCCAACUUUAAUAAGGCAUCCAUAAUGCCCCCAGGCUCUCAGGCCAGAGGGAAUUUGCCCCGGACCCUCGCCUCACAUUCUCUCCCUGCCAGAGCAGUCUGUAUGGAUGGGGUGCCCCCUUUCUUACAGAUGCCCCCCCCCAGAGCCCCCCCUGCUUCUGGAUCUCUUCCAAACUGCCAGCUAAACCACAAGGUCUCCAAUGGACUGAGGUAUCCCCAGAAGGCGCUGGACAGCCCCCUAGCGAUGCACACCCCCCUGCUGGCCAAUCGAGGGAACCCGCAGCCUCCCCGUAACAUGUGGCGCCGGAGGAAGGUGACACGGGACAGCCUGAGCAGAUAGAAGAGCCCCGCCCCUGGCCUCCUGAAGCUGCAGCUCCCUUGGCUGGGGGGUGGAAGGUGCCCUCUGACAACCUGUUUGGAUGUAUGCUGGGCUUUUCGGGGUUAGGCCUUUUUGGUGUUUCAGUCCAGUCUGGGGGAGGGGGGGGGUUUGGUGAGUGAGCCAUCCUGUCCUUACAGCAGACUGGCAUGAGUGUAUGGAAGAAACACUUUGUGCAAUAUUACCCCAACAAAUAUUUAAUUUUAAUAGUUGUUGGUUUAAGUUAUAUAUUUUUUUUUCCUGUUGUCUUUCCAUUGAAAGUUUACAGGUCCUUGUGUUCUUUGUAAGUCUGUUUUAAAAUAAUCUAUAUUCCUGGGUGUCGAGUCUGUGGACUGUGGAGUGGAAAGGAACUAGUGUGGGGCCUCAGUGUCUGUGAUCCAUGGGACUGUAUCCUGCCCCCUGCUGGGCGAGUGCGAAACUGCUCCGAGUGCAACCUAGACCUAACUGAGGCAGACCAGUGGGUUGGUAAUAGUUUCUGUGCUCGAUGUCUCGCUUGAACCAGUGAUGGAUGUCCGAUCGGUCUUUCUGUCCAAAAGACAGCUGGGUUCUGCAGUGUUCUGGGCCACCUCGUUCCCUGGGUGGACUUAGACUGAGCCCCUUCAAUUUGUGUGAUUCCAGUCGGUGGUCCUUGAAAGACCGGCCAUCAGCCACCCAGUUUCAAACAGACUUUUGUGAAGAGGCAUUAUUUUGAUUCCGUUCGGGAAUCUGCGUAUCUGUAUGCAUUCGUUCUGUUAAGAGCAACACAUUUCAAUCACAAACUUCGACUAUAUAUGUUGAUGUCCUGAUUGCAGUAUUAUGUUCUCAUGCAAACAGACCUGUAUUCAUGUUAGUUAGAGCUUGACAGGUACAUACAGGUGUUACUAUGCAAGUGUGUGGUUUUGGGGGGGGGGGGGGGGGAGGUGUUUGUCCCCUCACCCCAAAUCAUCUCCUGUGUCGUUGUGCCGUUGACGGCGUCCCCAAGCCUGUGUCAUCCUGUAACGCACACUCUUGCAUCCUGCAAAACGUCCUGCGUGGUGACAACGAAGCUCAGAGGUUCUCCUUUAAACGUUCUUGGUGACCCCCUAAGCCACCACUGCGGUCUGUAUGCUCUGACUCAUGGUGCCGGUCAACUGGUGGUGGGUUAAGAGCCGCAUCGGGUAAUCGGACACUAACCUGAUUAUGGGAGUUUGUCUUAGAAACCAGCAACCUUAUAGAAGGUUUUUUUAAAAGUGUCUAUUCAUCUUGUGUUACGAAUUCAUAACGGUAUCCUGAGCAGAUUGGGAGAGCACAGAUCGGGUGUUCUGGACGCGUUCAGCUCGGGAUGAGUUGGGCGGGCUGGCUCAGUUUGACCCCCCCCCCUCCCCCCGUUGUUGUCGAGCUAGCCUUUCAGAAACAUAGCAAGCCAGAAGCACACUGGAGGGGUCAGGAAGAGUGGGUCUGCAGACUGAAAUCGAAACGUCCCAAGCUGUCGCAGGGCUCGUCGUUGGCUAACGAGCGAGGAAAUUACUGUACGUUUUCCUUAAUUUGAUCAAUAUUUUUAUGUAAAGUUUUUUCUAUUUUUAUUUUUUAAUAAACGUCUUUAAAAAUCA